UGACUGCAUCAACGAAACGCCCCGCUUAUAACCAUUAACCAAAGCCCUUGGGGACCGAGAGGACGUGUGAUUUUCCGGGCCAACUAUGGGAUGGGUUUGGAGAGACGACGACGAUCAAGUACGAGCAUCAUCUCGUGAAAAUCGUGAAUUCGGGAGCUCCGCUCAAUCUGGGGGACCAUGCUCCACCCGAAAGAUCAUGAAAUCUCGGUGCAAAACGGAGGAGGUUGAGCCUGGCAAGUUUGUCAGGAAAUGCGAGAAAUCCCAAGAGAUUCUCAGGGAUUGCAUCGGAAAGCCUGUUGAAGUGGUGGAAUCCAACAACGAGUAUGCUGAAGACGAUGUUACAGACCAAGUCCUGCAAAGAGGGUCCUCAGAGUUUGGUCCAUCAGACGCUGGGGCGUUUCACUUCCCUGGGCUGCGUAGUGAUUUGGAAGCCAUGGAAAGGAAAAUCAUCGACGGUCUAUCUCGGUUCUUGGAUGCAGCUGAAGACAUGAAAAAUGGCUUCUUGGAUGUUUUUGCAAAGGCUCCUCGCAUGCUUGAUGGGCCCUCUGGAAGGCGAGGGACUCCAGAAGCCUCUCCCAAACCAAAUGAUCAUCAACACGGAGCAAUCGAUGCUGAUUUGUCUGCAUUGGCUAAGGACGUUUAGUUUAAUUUGAGCCGCUUCAUGAUUUUAGAUGUAUACAUAUAGAAAAAUAAAAAUCCCCUCUUUGUGUUAAAAUAUGAAAUCAAUUAUAAAUGCCUGCACUACGAUUAAAUCGA